UAGAGUAGACCUUAGGGUCCCCCUUGGAUACUUGCAGGGCUGACAAGCAGUAGCAGAGUUUCUAGAGGAGGCUACACCACCUUUUGCUCCCCGAAGAAACUCUCCUGGAAUGCAAGCUGUGUCUGGAAGUGGGUCCUCCAAGCUGCUCAUCACACAGAGAAGCUGCAAAAAAGCCACUUAUACCCAGCCUACAAGGGGGAACCAUCAGUGAAACAGAACAGUGUGUUCUGAACAUCUAUACAAAGUGGAAGAGCCUUAAACUGAAGGUACAGUAUAUUGUUUACACUGAAGGAGCACGUGUGUGGACAAGAAAGCGCUGACAACUCAAAUGGAUCCCAUGGAACUGAGAAAUGUCAACAUCCAGCUUGACGAUGAGAGUGUCAGUGGAGAAAGUGUUCAAGACAGCUACAGCAGGAUGGGGAAUUCAGAAAAGGCAGCAAUGAGAAGUCAGUUUGCCAACGGAGAUGAUGAGAGUCAGAAAUUCCUGACCAACGGAUUUUUUUCGGGGGAAAAGAAGCUCGCAGAUUAUGAGGAUGAACACCAUCCUGGAGCCACCUCCUUUGGAAUGUCUUCGUUCAACCUGAGCAACGCCAUCAUGGGCAGUGGGAUUCUGGGCUUGUCCUAUGCCAUGGCCAACACCGGGAUCAUCCUUUUUGUAAUCAUGCUGCUGGCUGUAGCAAUAUUAUCUCUCUAUUCAGUCCACCUUCUGUUAAAGACCUCUAAGGAAGGAGGAUCUUUAAUUUAUGAAAAAUUAGGGGAGAAAGCAUUUGGAUGGCCUGGGAAAAUUGGAGCUUUCACUUCUAUUACACUGCAGAACAUUGGAGCAAUGUCAAGCUACCUCUUUAUCAUCAAGUAUGAACUGCCUGAAGUAAUCAGAGCAUUCAUGGGACUUGAAGAAAACAGUGGAGAAUGGUACCUCAAUGGUAACUACCUCGUCAUAUUUGUGUCUGUUGGAGUCAUUCUUCCACUUUCUCUUCUUAAAAAUCUAGGUUACCUUGGUUAUACCAGUGGAUUUUCUCUCACCUGCAUGGUGUUUUUUGUCAGUGUGGUGAUUUACAAGAAAUUCCAAAUACCCUGCCCUCUGCCCAUUCUGGAUCACAAUGUUGGAAAUCUCACCUUCAACAAUACUCUUCCAAUGCACAUGAUGACUUUACCCAACAACUCUGAGAGUGGUGGUGUGAACUUCAUGAUGGAUUACACCCACCAGAACCCCAUGGGGCUAGACGAGAACCAGGCCACACACUCCCUCCAUGACAGUGGUGUUGAAUAUGAAGCUCAGAGUGAUGACAAGUGUCAGCCCAAGUACUUCGUAUUCAACUACCGGACGGCCUAUACAAUUCCAAUCCUAGCAUUUGCGUUUGUAUGCCACCCUGAGGUCCUCCCCAUCUACAGUGAACUGAAAGAUCGGUCCCGGAGGAAGAUGCAAGCGGUAUCAAAUAUUUCCAUCACAGGGAUGCUCAUCAUGUACCUGCUUGCUGCCCUAUUUGGCUACUUGACCUUCUAUGGGGAAGUUGAAGAUGAGUUACUUCAUGCUUACAGCAAAGUGUACACAUUCGACACCCCUCUCCUCAUGGUGCGCCUGGCGGUGCUGGUGGCUGUGACACUGACCGUGCCCAUCGUCCUGUUCCCAAUUCGCACGUCCGUGAUCACACUGUUAUUCCCCAAAAGACCCUUCAGUUGGAUAAGACAUUUUCUAAUCGCAGCCAUACUCAUCGCAGUUAAUAAUGUUUUGGUCAUCCUUGUGCCAACCAUAAAAUACAUCUUUGGAUUUAUAGGGGCUUCUUCUGCCACUAUGCUGAUUUUCAUUCUUCCAGCAGCUUUUUAUCUUAAACUUGUCAAGAAAGAAUCUCUUAGGUCACCCCAAAAGGUCGGGGCUUUGAUUUUCCUUGUGGUUGGGAUCAUCUUCAUGAUCGGAAGCAUGGGGCUUAUUAUAAUUGACUGGAUUUACGAUCCCCCUAACACCAAGCAUCACUAACCCAAGGAAAAGUACUUUCUUUUUCUAUUGGAAAUGGUUGCAAGUUAUGCUCCAAAAGACUUUUGCAUUAUUGGAAUGAGUGAUUGAUUGGAAUGUUAUUCAUAGGAGAUAACAGGAAGAUUCCAAAGAUGCUUACUAGCAUCUUUUUAAAAUCUGUUUACAUCACCAGGCAUCUGCGGAAAAGAAAAUUGCUUUUGUCAAGUAUGGCUGUUCUCAUGUUUAAAAUCUGUGGUGCACAUUUCUACCCAGGUUUUACGAGAGCAGUUGAUGAUGUAUUUUUGCUGUCGUACAAGCAGAAUAAGGGUAGCUGCAUGUAAGGUCAUCAGGUAAAACUGUUCAUCUUCUCCUUUCCUCCCCCCACCCCAAAGUACCAAAUAGCUGUAUUCUCAGGACAUCAAACAAAAAUGUGCUGGUGGCAAAGCAAUCACCUCUUAAUGCCCUCCUCCAGUCUUACACCAAAUACUCUGGGUAUAUUUAAUACAGACAAAGACAGGUCUGUGAACUGUCCCUGAAAGGUGCGUGAGUGAUAAGACACCAGGCGAGAGAGUUUUAUUGUUACCAGUAAAGGAAUAUUUUGCCCAUCUUGUUUGUGACGUUGAAUUAGUGAUUUCUUCCUUCAAAAGAUUUGUUUCUGUAAAUGUUAAAAUAUCUUACCAACCACAGAGAGGGGCUUUAUUGAAACUGUAGAGCAAUAACAAAAUGAAUGCGUAGAGCUAAACCACCUGUUCUGGAAGCAUUUGCUUUUUAAUGUUAUUCUUAUUGCUCUCCUCAGACUUCUGUCAUGGAACAAUGCUCUCCCUCUCGUCUUCCAUUCUCAUUCAGAAUUUUUAGAAGACCACAGCUUAUGUGGAGAUACACUACCCAGUAUUGUUUGAUACAUUUUUAUUUGAUAAACAUUCAGUGCAGGAAACUGUGAUAUACUAUAUGUUUAUGUAUAUAUCCUUAUUCUAUAGUCAUCAGAAUUUUAAAGUAUGGUACAUGAUUUUUAUUUUUUACAUGUGUAGUUUUCUCUCUUCACAGUCAAAACACUUAUAUUAUUGGGGGAGGGGGCAGGGAAUUAAGUUGCUGUGCUAAGAAAUUCAUCUGUAUGGAGCUGUCUAGUAAGGAUAUUUUAAAUUUAAACCCUAAGUUAUAUAUACUUCAGUAAUGCUCUUCUCCAAUGUUUACAGUAAUAUAGUCAUCAACAAGAAAAUAAGUCCCUUAUUUGCAAAUAAUUAGCAACACUACAGUUAUUCUUUUAAUUUAGCAUGUUUAAAUUAAAAACUAUAGGAUUUAGUUUACUUGAACUUGCUCAAGGGUAGGCUGACCUUCAUGUGCCAUUUAAUACAAUAUUCAGUGGUUCCUAUAAAAAUAAAAGUGCUAACACUACAGAGAAUACAAACUAUCCUUCUUGUCCACUUAUAUGAAGUGGUUUUGAAAAUUAGUACUUGCUGUCUAGAAUUUCUGGACUUUGCUACUUUUUUUUUUCAAAUCAGUAGCAACAACAUUUGUUGUAUAUUUUAUAUUUUAGCAAAACUAUGAAAUACAAAUGUAUCAGUAUGAUAAUAUUAAAUCAUAUUUCAAUAGUUUUUCUGUGCCUUAAUAUAUAUUUGUUUUGUUAUUAUUUUAUAGAGGCAUCAUGCUGUAAAAUGGUACACUUUGUUCUGGAAAUUGAGCAUUACUAGAAACUACAUAACUUUUCAGUUACUAUUUUUGGGAAAAAAAUUGCCGUAGAGUAUCUGUAAGAUAUUUUUUUCAUUUUCAUUCAUCUAAAGAGUGUAUCAAGAUAGAAAGUGGCAAAGGUACUUUCUGAGUGUUGAAAAAUGUAUCACCUGAAUGUAUUUAACUGUAAAUAUCAAAUAAUAAUCAAAAAAUCAGAAAAUGGUAAAAUAUGUAUAUAUUUUCAGUGCCUCUUACCUUUGGAAUGACUGACUUGAAAAUAUCAACAUGUGUAAUUAUAUCAAUAUUCUAAAGCAAUGCUAGUGUGCCAAAUAAUAAAAGCACCACUUUUUUUCUCAUGCCAUUUUCAGGAUUGGAGUUCUCAUAGACUGCAGGGCAGACGUACAUAUGGUAUCUUAUGCUGGUUAAUUUAACCCCAUUUGUAAACAGAUGAAAAUUUUAUUUUCUUAUUUCAUUUAUAAGAUGGCUCAAUGUAUUGGGAAGCUUUUUUAUUACAGAAAGUGUAUAUUGGUAUAUAAUAAAUGAACUUUUCAAAUGACUCUGAUGUGUUAAAGAAGGCUAU